UCGGAACGCAACCAAAAAAAUGACAUUUGCUGACAUUCGACAUCGAAAUUCGAAAUUGGGAACUUCCGCCGUUUUGACAAAGACAGAAGAUUUUCCUUUCCAUUCCUUUUUUUCGUAGUAAUGGCACCCAAAAAGCCUGCCGAGAAAUCCGCUAAACCAGGCGACAAGAAGCCUGAGAAGAAGGCUUCGGCCACUUCAGCCGCUUCUGGUUCCAGCGCUAAGCCCGCUGCAGCUAAGAAGGCCGCCCCCGCCAAGAAACCCGCUACCGCAGCUGGUGGUGUGAAGAAACCAGUCGCAAAGAAGCCUGCCGCUGCCAAGAAGGUUGCCACCAAGACCAAGCCCAAGGCUAAUGUUGCCAAGAAGGCUGCCGCUGCUGGCAAGAAGCCACAAUCUUUGUUGGCUAAAUUGUCCGCCAAGGCUCGUGCUGCCGCUAAGGGCAAGAAAGUUGCUGCCAAACCAGGCGCUAAAUUGCAAAAGGGUACCGCAAAGGCUAAGGCUGUUGCUUUGUUGAAAGCAAAGAAAGUGCAAACUAAGAUUGUCAAGGGUGCUUUUGGUACACGCACACGCAAGGUACGCACCAGUGUACACUUCCGUCGUCCAAAGACUUUGGUUUUGCCCCGUCGUCCUAAAUACCCAAGGAAGUCGGUGCCAACCAGAAAUCGCAUGGAUGCUUACAAUAUCAUCAAAUACCCAUUGACCACUGAAGCCGCCAUGAAGAAGAUUGAAGACAACAACACAUUGGUGUUCUUGACUCACUUGCGUGCGAAUAAGAAUCACGUACGUGCCGCUGUACGUAAAUUGUACGACAUUAAGGUAGCCAAGGUCAACAUCCUGGUCAGACCAGACGGUCAGAAGAAGGCUUACGUGCGAUUGGCUCGUGAUUAUGAUGCGCUAGAUAUUGCCAACAAGAUCGGCAUCAUAUAAACGUUACGCGUUAUUCGUUUCUUUUAUAUAUAGAAAUUUUCAGAGAAAACAGACAUUAAAAAAACGGAUAAAAACUAA